AUGGCCGCCGCCGCCUCGCGCGUUCUGGGGGUCAGUUACUGCGCGCGAAGAGCUUUCCGCCCCCACCACAUGGCCCAGUACUUUACCGGUCCCGAGCACACCCUGACAGCGUACUGGCUUCAUCGCUACGAGGAGAAGCUGAGCGAACCCCUGUGGAUACACAUUGUGGGUUCGUAUCAAGUGAAGCCUGUAGUGCGCAAUUCCUCCAGGCGCAGGUUACGACGAGGCAUCCAUGCGGCUCUGGCAGAGGCCGGCUAUGCCGUAGACGGCAAGAUUGCUCAACCACCCCUUGGCAGUGACGGGGCUAGCGUUAUCCAGACGCCGACUGCUCCGUUGACGGGCACCGUCAUGGUCACUAUCAAGGACGCCUUGGCAGUCAUGGAGAUGGGGGAAGAGGAGUGCCUGAAGGUAGGACGGGAGAUUGUCCAAAAGCUAAGAACUCCAAAGGCGCAAGGCGCAAGGCCUUUAAUACAAGGACUAAUUAUUCUUACGUCGUCACUGUCUCCUCCAGCCACCCCUAGGCGCAAAAAGCUCACAAAUCGCACCAACCGACCGACCGAUAACCCUACCCCCGUACUGCUAUUACACUUUGCCCGUCAGUAA